GGUGAUGUAGUUGCGAAAGAAGCGUAUGAGCAAAAAGUCAAGCUAUUGCAUGAUACAUUCGCAAAGGUUAAUACUGCGCCAGUGAAGACCGCUGAACCAAUCGAAUUACCACCCAUGCCCAGACCAUACGUUCAAGCACCACCACAUCCAACCAACUAUCAUGUUCUCGUCGCAAUUCCAGCACCACAAAUGCCGUUUGUCCCUCGUUAUCCGUUAAUGGCUCCUGUGCCAUUUGCUCCCGAAUAUCCUCUGUGGGCAUUUCCACCACCACAGAUACAAUUGGUCACCAACAAUCGUUAUGCGAAGAAAACACCGGAAUCUGAACGGAAAACUAUCAAAAAGCCAACGAAUCUGGUAAACACUGGACGUGAAUUGACUACAAAUGGUGAUGGUCAGAGAGUGAAUCGUACGAAAGCUAGCAAGAUGAGAAGCACUAAAGAGGAGGUCGUCGUAAAAGCGCAAUCUCCAUUGGAAACAAUUCAAGAAAGUGACAAGAGCGUCAAACUUUCAAGUGGCAAAAAAGAGGCAAAACAAACCGAAAAUCACUCAGAAAAAGCGAAGAAUACCGAAACCAAAAUUGCAAUAAACGAUACAAAAACGUUGCAAACUGAUCGUGAGAUAAAACUUGAGGAAAGAGAUGUCGAAAAAGUGGAGCAGAAAAUUUGCAUCCCAAAGAGUGUUGAUGAAGAGGUAAAAGGUGAACCGAAACGAAGCUGCGACCAGCAGGAUUCUACCGAAAAAAGCGAGAUGAAUGGUGAACGUCGUGAUGAGUUAAAGGGUGAAUGCGCUCGUUCAGGGGCAGAGCGAUCUCCACCACUGAUAUCUGCUGAUCCCAAACCGAGGUUGGUUCUACCAAAUUUUCUCCUUAAUUGA